GGGUGUCUCAAAUCGCGCACACCCGCAGAACGAGGCGGGAUUUCCGGUGACUUCUCCUUCUCGCGGAUGGGAGUUCGGGGUGAGCGCAUAGUAGACAGAAAGGUUUGGUCCAUUCCGGUAAUAGUCACUAGUCAGGGUGUCAGCAUUCGGUGUGUGAGUCAGCGUGGAACCGAAACUGCUGCAGACAGCUCAGCGGCGGAGGCGCACAAGCCCUGAAGAAGACCACCCUCGUAAAUGAACGUCGCCCUCGGGUAUGCUGCCCUGAGUCUGCCGCCGGCACCCGCCCUGCCAACAUGUCUGAUGUCAACAAGACUCUGCAGAAAUGGCACGCCAGUUUCAGAAAAGGCACAGACUUUGACUCGUGGGGACAGUUAGUGGAGGCUAUAGACGAGUACCAGAUUCUUGCAAGGCAGCUGCAAAAAGAAGUGCAGUCAUUCAACUCAUCAGACUUCACCGAAGAACAGAAGAAAACUUUAGGGAAGAUUGCAACAUGCCUAGAGAUGAGGAGUAUCAGUUUGCAGAGCACACAGUCAACCGAGGAGUUCAAGUUGGAAGACUUGAAGAAACUGGAAAGCGUCAUUAAGAAUGUAUUGACAUACAAUAAAGCAUUUCCCUUUGAUGUCCAACCAGUGCCCAUAAGAAAAAUCCUCGCUCCUGGUGAGGAGGAGAAUCUGGAGCUGGAGGAAGAAGAUGUCGCGGCGGUCGCUGGUUCCACAGAAGCGUUUCCCCCGAGAGCUCCUGGUAACUUGUUGCCACGGUUACCCUCCGAGCCUGGAAUGACGUUGCUUACAAUAAGAAUAGAAAAGAUUGGGCUGAAAGAUGCCGGGCAAUGCAUCGACCCGUACAUGACCAUUAGUGUCAAAGAUUUGAAUGGGGUGGACUUGAACCCUGUUCAGGACACCCCAGUCGCCACCAAGAAGGAAGACAUCUACAUUCACUUCAUUAUGGACGUCGAGAUCCAAAGGCAUCUGGAAAAACUACCCAAAGGGGCAGCUAUUUUCUUUGAAUUCAAGCACUACAAACCCAAGAAGAGGUUCACCAGCACAAAAUGUUUUGCAUUCUUGGAACAGGAUGAGAUCAAGCCCGGUCCAGUUGUGAUUGAGCUGUACAAGAAGCCCACCGACUCCAAGAGAAAGAAACUGCAGCUUCUUACAAAGAAACCACUUUAUCUUCAUCUUCAUCAAACCUUGCACAAGGACACCUAAGAUGCCCACAAGGCACCACUACAAAAUUUCAAGCUCGACCAUGGCCGGCCUCGCUGAGUCCUGAGAGGCCUCCCGCUUCGGGGGCGGCCCUCCCACCGAGCCACGAGGGACACCGGCUGGAGGCUGACCCAAGGCUUCGCUGUGACCCGGAUUGGGCGGUACAACUGGAGGCAGGUCCGCUGGGGGGCUGUGCUCGUGCGGUCCUAGGAAGCGCAUGUCAUGAGGGAAUGGUGGGGGUGGACCCAUAAGCCUGCGUGGACCUGCAAAGAAGGCAGUAGACUACAACAAUGCUAGACUAAAACAGAAACUUAUGGUUCGAUUCAUAACUGCAGGUCAAGCAUGCAGAAUUGUUUACGUGCGUGUGUGUAAAUCCUGUGAACAGGACACAAACUAUCAGAACCUACCAUGUGGCAUCAGCCCAAAAUGAUGGCCUGGAGGCGGACGGAACGGCGGUGGGGGAGGACCCCGAGGAUGGAUGACAUGUCCUGGCCCAGGGUGGAAUGAGUGUCCGUUGGCGGGGCGAGGCCCGAAGUCUCCCCGCAUCGGCCCGGACGGCGACAUACCCGGGGGUCCGUUGGCAGAUAGCGGAGGCCCGAGAAGCGCAUUUGGAGGACCAUGGGGUCCAGGUGCUGGAUGGUAGAGGGGUGGUCUCGAAGGUCUGUAGGGACCACCGGGUGGCAAACGGCUGUGAGGUCCUGUAGGGAAGGGUGGAUCAUGGAGUCCAGGUGGCGGCGGUCCUUGACUCAAGGAGCCCGGUGAGUCCCUGAUGGGUGAUGCUAGAAAGGAUCCGGGACCCUGCGACAGACAACAAGCUUGCCAAUGGAGAUCAAUUUGAUGUGCUCAAGGGACAUUAUUAUUUACUGUAGCUCCUCAAAUAGUGGCCGGCAAGUUAGAGAGGUCCUGAGUUUACGAGAGUUCUAAAAGAUGCUUGUGUUUUAAAUUGAGUAAUUGCAUCAAAAACCUCCUAUAACUGAGACCACUACUUGAGAAUACAGUAAUCCCAAUAAAAAGCUACAGCCAAGUCACGAGACUGCGGCUUGUCGUGGUUGUGUUACACGCAGUCAGGUGUUAAGGAAAAUCCAGUUAAGGUUAGACAAGGGGGCGGGGCCUCUUGCAUACCCCUUCACACUGAGACCAACAGACAGGCCUCUUUACUCACUGACUCCGCAGCCUCUUUGGAGGCCUCAGCCUCGCCUUUUGUGUGUGGAUCUACUUCUUGAGUCUCCUUCACAGCAAGGACAUGUACAAAAACAAGUCAAGGGAGGGACAGGCGCAAAAGUACAGUUUCUUGAUCUCACUACCCUUAGAAGAGAUUAAAUUUCGAAUCUAACUAUCCUAACAAACUGCUGUACUUUGUCUGCCAAGGGAGCCUCACUAUAUUCACUAUCCAUUUAUGAAUUAUCAAUAUGGCAAACAUUGAGCUGAAUGCAGAAUUCCAACAAUCACCACUAAAUAGCAGUAUUGUAACGCAAACGUUCAUGUCCAGCUUCAGACAUGACUACCGUAUUUUGCGCCCUAUUAGGCGCACCGGGUUAUAAGGCGCACCUUCAAUGAACGGCCCAUUUUUAAAACUUUGUCCAUAUACGUAUAAGGCGCACCGGACUAUAAGGCACAUAAAAUAAAAGCUAUACUGCAACAAACUGAGGUUGACUAGGGUUGCGGUAUGCACCCACUAGCCAAUAACCAACUAGUGAGCCCUCUGUAAACAAUCGCGUUUCUCAAACGAUCUCCUAUAAAAUGAUUGGAACUGACUAAAGUUCGAUCUAACGCAUUGGUACUACUUACCUAUGUUUCCCUUCCAUAUCGAUCCGUAGAUUUACUCGAAACAUUAACAGAGCAGCCUAUUUUGACAUGAAAUAUCUUGCUGCAUAUAGCAGCUAUCGUUAUAGCAUUAGCCAUCCGCAAAAUCCCAUCAGCCUCACCUCGCAAUAUCCCAUGAGUUUCAGCAUAGUGUAAACAAUCGCGUUUCUCAAACGAUCUCCUAUAAAAUUAUCAGAACUGACUAAAUUUCGAUCUAACGCAUUGGUACUACUUACCCAUGUUUCCCUUCCAUAUUGAUCCGUAGAUUUACUCGAAACAUUAACAGAGCAGCCUAUUUUGACAUGAAAUAGCUUGCUGCGUAUAGCAGCUAUCGUUAUACCAUUAGCCAUCCGCAAAAACCCAUGAGCCUCAGCUCGCAAUCUCCCAUGAGCCUCAGCAAAGUGUAAACAAUCGCGUUUCUCAAACGAUCUAUAAAAUGAUCGGAACUGACUAAAGUUCGAUCUAACGCAUUGGAACUACUUACCUAUGUUUCCCUUCCAUAUCGAUCCGUAGAUUUACUCGAAACAUUAACAGAGCAGCCUAUUUGGACAUGAAAUAGCUUGCUGCGUAUAGCAGCUAUCGUUAUAGCAUUAGCCAUCCGCAAAAUCCCAUGAGCCUCAGCUCGCAAUAUCCCAUGAGCCUCAGGAAAGUGUAAACAAUCGUGUUUCUCAAACGAUCUCCUAUAAAAUGAUCGGAACUGACUAAAGUUCGAUCUAACGCAUUGGUACUACUUACCUAUGUUUCCCUUCCAUAUCGAUCCGUAGAUUUACUCGAAACAUUAACAGAGCAGCCUAUUUUGACAUGAAAUAGCUUGCUGCGUAUAGCAGCUAUCGUUAUAGCAUUAGCCAUCCGCAAAAUCCCAUGAGCCUCAGCUCGCAAUAUCCCAUGAGCCUCAGCAAAUUGUAAACAAUCGCGUUUCUCAGACGAUCUCCUAUAAAAUGAUCGGAACUGACUAAAGUUUGAUCUAACGCAUUGAUACUACUUACCUAUGCUUCCCUUCCAUAUCGAUCCGUAGAUUUACUCGAAACAUUAACGGAGCAGCCUAUUUUGAAAUGAAAUAGCCUCGCGGGUACAACAGCUAUUCGGUGACUGACUACAGUUACCGUAAUUUUGGGAAGCGAUGCGACCUUGUAAUUUACUAGUCGUACUAAAACAUACUAAAACAUUUUGGCAGAGCACUGUGUACAACCAGUAUGGAUCAACAAAUUCAUCAAUUGAUCCAUAUAUAAGGCGCACCGGACUAUAAGGCGCACUGUCGACCUUUGAUAAAAAUUUUGGUUUUUAGGUGCGCCUUAUAGGGCGGAAAAUACAGUAAUUAAAUUUUUAUUCCUGUUAUAUUACACAGUGUACACAAAUGUAAGAAUGUUAAUAAACAGAUUUCUUUGUGUUUGACAAACCCUUUCUUUCCCCCUCCAAAAGUAUUCAUAUUUGAUGUAUUAUGCCCAUCCACAUUAUAAACAAUAAACAAGACACACCAAGGGGA